AACAAGGAAGAGCAGAAGAUCUUUGGAAGUGCUGGUUACUUUUUCGUUCUUUGUUGCGUAGAUAAAAGUAUUUAUUCCAAUAGGAAAGGCGUAUGGGUCUUAUACUUUAACUGUAUGUAGCUGUAUGGAUUAGCAGCGAUCACAAUGUUAAGAUCUCGCAGAAGAUGCGGUGUCGUGUUUGUUAUGCUUGCAUUGUUGGCGGUGGUUAUUGCAUGCGUUACGCCGCACAUGAUAAUUACGACUCUGGGGGUCGCAGUACUCAGUGGAAUGGCAUUUCUAUGGACAAAUGGCGAGAAUCGAACUCUGUUCAGCCUCCUAAAUCAAUACGUUGCCACCAGGAUCUUGAUAUGGUUAGGUAAAAGGCAGAGACGGAAACUAAAUGAAGAUACACUAGACAUUCAACGGGUACAGUGGGAAACACUCCUCAAACGCCUGAGAAAAAACGCUGAUACACUCUAUGGAAGGCAGCACCAAUUCAGCUCAAUUAAAGACAAAGACGAUUUCUGCCGAAGGAUUCCCCUCACCACCCGUGAGCAUUACACAGAGCUGCUGGAAAACACGGCAGCCGGGGUGGAGAAGGUCUUGGUCACUGAGAAGCCGGUCAUCCUGACGACUUCUGCAACAUCAGGGAGCAGCAACCUCGUGCUGAGCACCAAGGACACCAGGGCUGAGUUCUUCUUCCAGGGAGAGGCUGUGUGUGCUGAUGUCAGGAGGCAGACCUUCACAGGCACACGCAGCCCCCAGCGGAUCCUUUGGCUCUUCCCUCCAUCCCUCGUGCACCAAUCUGGGGUGGGGCUUCCCACUGGACCCAGUCCCUUCACCUUCUCCAUCACCAACCACAUGCUGCACUUGUGUACGACUCCACCUCCUGCACUCAGGGUGCAGUGUGAAGGGGACUUGUUGUAUCUGCAUCUCCUGUUUGCCCUGAAGAAUCUCCAAAUUGGUGUUGUAGAGUCCAGCAGCUCCUCAAACGUGCUCUACGCCUUCAGGACCUUGCAGGCACGCUGGGAGGAGUUGGUUGAUGAUGUUGAAUUUGGGCGGAUCAGCACGAGGCUGGCCCUGGACCCUGGCGUGAGGGCUGAUCUAGAGCGGCUGGUGAAGCCCGACCCAGGGAGGGCGGCAGAACUCAGAGUCCAGCUCAGCCAGGGUUUCCAGGGUGUGGCCCGCCGGCUCUGGCCUCGCCUCCACCUGGUGGUGGCUAUGGACUCUGGACCUGAGCAGAUUUACGGGGAGCUGCUCAGAACACUCUACUGCAAGGGGCUGCCACUCUACUCGCCGCUCUACGCUGGCCCAGAAGGUCUUAUUGGUGUGAACUUGUGGCCCCUGCGUGAAGCCAGGAACUUCCUGCUCUGUCCUCGUUCCAUGUUCUGUGAGUUCCUGCCUGAGGAGAGUGUGGACAUGGAGCAGUUCUGCACCUUCCUCAUGGACCAGGUGGAACAGGGACACAGCUAUGAACUGGUCAUCACCAAUGCCGCUGGACUAUACAGGUAUCGCACUGGAGACAUUGUGAAAGUGGUCGGGUUCCACAACCAGUCUCCAGUGGUGGAGUUUCUGUAUAGGCGUGGUGAGAUGUUGAACGUUAGAGGGGAAGAGGUGUCAGAGGCCUUGUUUUUAUCUGCCCUAAAGAAGGCGGUGGCCCAGUGGCCUGGUGCCACACUGGUGGACUACUGCUGUGCUGAGAGUGGAAUUCUGGAGGACUCAUCAGGAGGUGCCCAACCUCACUACCAGGUGUUUCUGGAGCUGAAGGGAGUCAGAAACCUCACAGAGGAACAAAGAUAUAAGUUGGACUGCAGCCUUCAGAGGGACUCCGCUAUCUACAAGUCAUUCCGGAUCAAAGGUAGCAUUGGACCAAUGAAAGUUCAGCUUGUUAGUGAGGGUGCAAUCCAGGAGCUGAGAGGUUGCAUGAUGGCUUUCUGGAACAUUUCGCCCAAUGAGUUUAAAAUGCACCGUGUCAUCCGCUAUAAAGGGCAUGCAGACUUCCUGCUGGGGAAAACUUUUUCCUAAAAGACCAAUGGAAAGGAAACAAGGCAGAGCGAUCUUACUACUGCCCAAUGGCAGAGAGACUCCACCCUGCUUACUGCCCAACAGUAGAUAGACUCCGCCCUCCUUACUAUCCAUUGACAGAGACUCCGCCUUCCUUCCCACCCAGUGGCAGAAAGAGCUGAAUGGCAGAGAAACCCUGCCUUCCUUACCACCCAGUGACAGGGAAAUUGCACCUUCCUUUUAGACCAAUGGCAAAGAGACUCUGACUUCCUUAUCUGCCAGUAGCAGUGUGUUCACUUCCUUACCUAGAGGACAUUGAGUUGGUGUAUUGUACAUUUUACAUGGCAAUUCAAGGUGUUUUACAAAUAGAGUAUUAAACCUAAUUGAUUCAAAUAAAAAGGACUUGUUAAGAUUAUAUUAAAAAUAUAAAAGUUAAAUAAGAAACAAAUAUAAACUUUUAAAGGGCAAAAAGUUUGGCUAAUGAAUGUAAAUGUGAUUAAUAACUUCUGCCACCAGAGGGAGCCAACGACUACUCUGGCUGGCUGGCUGUACAAUAGUGUUAAGAAUUUAGUUUUCAAAGUGUGAAAUAAUACAUGUACUUAUAGUUUGAUUAUUAAUAUUUUAUGCUCAAAUAAAUAAUGUUGUAUAUUUUA